AUGAACCACAUAGAAUCCCACGUUCACACGCUGCUCAACAUUGUCUAUCUUUCUGGCAUCCCUACCAGACUUCACAAACGCGAGAUCCCUGAGCUGGAUUAUCUCACCCAGAUUACGUUCGAAUUGCACGAAAGAAGCGGGCCUACCACGCCAACAUCGCCAACAUUCGAUAGCUCGCUGCAAUCGUCGCCACCAGAGUACUCGCUCAGAAUUGGAUUUUCUCCUGGAUCAGGGAACCCCAACAUCCUUGACCUUCAAAUGGAUUCCAAGCAUUGUCUGGCGGUGAUGCAGCGUCGUAAUCUAACGGACCACUUGCCCCUCGAGGCUUUUCUGCAUUACUACAAGACUCAAGCUGAGAACCCCAAGUACAGGAGUGUCAACCGUCGUAUCCGUGAGAGUCGCAUGUUGGGGCACCGACUUGUGGUUGCCGAGAACGAGAACGAGGAGGAGGAUAUGAUUGAAGACGAGGCGCCUCUGAUGAUUAUUGGGUCUCCUCCUGUUGAUCGUGGCGGUCUUGAGGCUUAUUUCCAACGGUCAAAUCUUAAUGCCUGA